AAUGCAUGAGAUGAUGUUUUUGUUUCUGAUUUUCUCGUUUGAUCGAUCCAAAUUUAACUAAAUUUUCACGUUUUGAGUUGAUUUUACAUCACCUUUUAAUCAAUUUCGAAGCUGUAAAGGUCUGUUAAUUAGUCCUCUUGUGAUAUGACAUAUUGAAUAAUCGAUUUAGCGUAUAGUUUAUUAAUUUCGAGUUGGCAUAAUGGCGAGCACAAGUCAAGCUGCGAUAGCUCAGAAGACGUGGGAAAUGUCGAAUAAUAUCGAGUAUAUUAGUCCGGUCGAUGAUAUUUUCAAAUACGACAGAAGACAGCAGCAAGAUAUUCUCACCGCUAAGCCUUGGGAGAAAGACCCACAUUUCUUCAAAGAUAUCAAAAUAUCGGCGUUAGCUUUGCUGAAAAUGGUCAUGCAUGCUCGUUCCGGCGGUAACUUGGAAGUUAUGGGAUUGCUGUUAGGUAAAGUUGAUGGAAACACUAUGAUCGUUAUGGAAACAUUCGCUCUACCCGUCGAAGGAACUGAAACAAGGGUUAAUGCUCAAGCACAAGCGUACGAAUACAUGACAGCUUACAUAGAAUCGGCGAAAUUAGUGGGUCGUUUAGAGAACGCUAUCGGUUGGUAUCACAGCCACCCUGGCUACGGAUGUUGGUUAUCAGGUAUCGAUGUAUCGACUCAAAUGUUGAAUCAAAAUUUCCAAGAACCGUUCGUAGCCAUCGUUAUUGAUCCAGUUAGGACGAUCUCAGCUGGUAAAGUUUGCAUCGGAGCUUUCAGAACGUACCCGAAGGGAUAUAAACCUCCUAACGAAGAACCAUCCGAAUACCAAACGAUUCCGUUGAAUAAAAUCGAAGAUUUCGGCGUCCAUUGCAAGCAGUAUUAUUCGUUGGAAAUAACCUACUUCAAAUCAGCCCUCGAUAGGAAAUUAUUGGACUCGUUAUGGAAUAAAUACUGGGUCAAUACGUUGAGCUCGUCUAGUUUGAUUACCAAUGAUGAUUACCUAACCGGACAAAUUUGCGAUUUAUCUGAGAAAUUAGAACAAUCCGAGAGUCAGGUCGGACUUUACAUUAUGAGUGGCGAUUUACACGAGAAAAAAGUCGAAGAUAGGUUAUCCAAAGCUACGAAGGAUAGUAAUAAGACCACCAUCGAGAUACUGCACGGUUUAAUGGCUCAGACUAUUAAGGAUAAGUUGUUCAAUAAUGUAAAGCUUAGAACCGAUAGAUGUAUUGGUAGUUCGAUGAGCGAAUAAUGUUUUCCUGCGAUUCUCCUUCUCGGUUUUGAUUAAUUUUGUAUACUUUAUAAUUUGUAAUAGAAUAUAUUGUAAUUUACUCGUUUUGUUGUCGGAGAUUCUUUCGAGUUUUGUAACGUCGUAAAUACGCUUGAUAUUGAAAUUAAACGAUUUAUUUGUA